UAAUCUAAAUGAUUUUCAACAAAGAUGUCAAAAUUUCCUAAUGAUAGCAUGUAAAGAAAUAAAAGAUAGAUACGACUUCAAAAAUCCGAUUUUAUCUAGUCUCCCUGUACUUGACCCAAUAAGAGCGCUCUCACAAAAUGAAAGAGAUACUACAACUUCACUUAUGCCACUAGUUACAUUACUGCCUAGAUGCGCAGAUUUCAGCGAUUCAAAUCUUCAAAAACUAGAUGAUGAAUGGAGACGUCUGCCUAACUUCAUUGAUUAUAUUCCAGCUGAAAUAACUAAAACAUCUGAACCAGAUACAUUUUGGCAUCAACUAUAUCAUUAUAAAGAUGAAAGUGAUGAAAAGAUGUUUUCAGUUCUUCCUAAAUUUGCAUUAUCAGCUAUGUCCAUUCCACAUGCUAAUGCAGACUGUGAAAGGAAAUUUAGCAAAGUAAAUUCAAUUAAAACAAAAACCAGGAAUCGGCUAAUUACUGACACUUUAAAUGGCAUCUUAUUAGCUGAUCAAACAGUAAGGCGAUCAGGGUGUUGUUUAAAGUUUGCUCCUAAUGUAAAAAUGCGGAACUGUAUGACUGCAGCUAAUAUUUAUGGACCCGAAAAAAAACAACCUGUGUAUGAAUCAGAUGAUGAAAUGACUUUUG